AUGCUUUAUAUAGAACAGAUGGCAGUGGUGGCGGGGGCAUCAAAUAAUAAUGGGAAAGGGGGACGACAAGCCCCCCCUGUCGACGUGGGCUCUCCCUUACUCGACUGGGAGGAGGCUGAUCAUUUCAGUUUUGAGGACUCUGAACGAUUCGAAGAGGAUUCCUUGUGUAGUUGGAGUUCGGAACCAGAAAGUCUAUGUAAUAACUGGCGAGGCUGGAAGCGUCCCAAUCUUCCAAAUUCAUUCGGUAGCCGUUCUACAAAAAAGUCCAUUCAAGAGAAAUCAGUGUGCACACUGAGUGAGCUAGCAGCUAAGUGUGUAGCGUCCCAUAUACCGUUCGAACUGGUUGAACACGUCUAUCCCCCUGUGCCUGAACAGCUGCAGCUCCAAAUUGCAUUUUGGAGCUUUCCUGACAGUGAAGAUGACAUCAGGUUAUACUCGUGCCUCGCAAAUGGCUCGCCUGAUGAGUUUCAAAAAGGAGAACAUCUGUUCAGGGACAGGGCAGUUAAAGAUGUGUUACAAAUUGGUUUCCACUUAUCAGCAACAGUGGUUAUACUUGGUAUGCCACGAUCACAAUACAAUGUGGCAGUGACAUUUGACAGACAAAGGAUAUCAUCAUGUAACUGCACUUGUUCAUCAACAGCACAUUGGUGUGCACAUAUUGUUGCUGUUUGCCUCUAUAGAAUACACCUUCCUACACAAGUAUGCCUUCGAGCGCCUGUGUCGGAAUCCUUACAAAGACUUCGAAGAGACCAGCUACAAAAAUUCGCACAAUAUCUUAUAUCAGAGUUGCCACGACAAGUAUUACCAACAGCACAAAGAAUACUCGAUGAGCUGCUAUCGACUCAGCCGAACCCUAUAAAUACGACUUGCGGAGCCCCCGACCCCACUGCCGGGGCAUCCGCCUAUGAGUACACCUCAUGGUUUCUUGAUGAGAAAACAUUGCACAACAACAUUAACAAAAUUUUGGUCAAGUUUUGUGUGCCUACUCCUAUCGUGUUCAGCGAUGUGAACUAUUUAAGUACGAGCGCACCUCCCGCGGCUGCAGAAUGGUCGUCGCUACUUCGUCCUCUAAGAGGCAGAGAGCCGGAAGGCAUGUGGAACUUGCUGUCCAUUGUUAGAGAGAUGUUUAAACGUAACGACAGAAAUGCUAUACCACUUUUGGAGAUCAUCACAGAAGAGGUUAUGGCAUGCGAACAGAUAAUUGUGUGGUGGUACACCACGAAGGCGGCUUUAGUCGCUUGGGGCGGAGGCGGCGGCGGCGGCGGUAAACACGGAGGUGGCGGCGGUAACUCAUCUGCACAACACGCUUGCUCAUCGCUCUGUGAUGAGGUGGUUGUGUUGUGGCGUCUAGCUGCCUUGAACCCGGCGUUAGCGCCGCAUGAACGUGAUACGCUACACGAACAAUUCGCACAAUGGCACACCAAAGUACUGGAUAAGGUGGCCAAAAACCGAAACAAUCAUAUGAGCAGCUCAUCACACACUCGGCACUCAUCUCGUUCUCAUUCGCACUCGCCGUAUAUCAAUGGGAUAAGUGAGAACGAAGUAUUUCCCGGUUUUCAUCCAGCAAUGGAGGCUUGUUUUCUAGAAUGGGAUGACUACCAGAUUCCCGGAGUGACUUAUACAAAGGACUUGAACCCACUAUACCACAGCCCUUUUACCAUCUUCCGGCAUACUGAAAAGCAAAAUGAUAGUGUACAUCAGGUAAAUUCAUCUAAAGCCGUACUGAACAAUGAGAUGUCACUAAGCUAUCGGCUAAUGAAUCCUGAGCCGAGUAUUCAUCGCACAACAGUCCAUAGGAAUCAGAUAACCAUAGAUCUAGCUAUUCCUGGGCCAUCAAGUCAGCCUUGCGGAGUUGAAGUAGUGUCGAGUGAAGCGCAACGUGAUUCCGGACCUAGCGAUGGGAAUCACUCAAGUGUAUCGUCUGAAGGGUUCUGCGAGAACGAGGAAGAAAUUCUUCAACAGAGUGGUGGGGAGACCGAUUCUCAAGAAUCAAGUUCUCCUCCUGUGUCGUCGGACGAUGCUCAACGUCGCAUCUCCAACGACGAGUCGGUGUCGGACGACGAGUGCAACUUGUAUUUCUACGAUGCAGCCGCCGCUAGACGCGUAGCCGACGAAGCCUCCGGAUCCGGCGCAACCGCUGUGGUAUCGUCGAGCAGCUGCAGUAGCAGCGGCUGGGCCUGCGGCUGGGAGGGCUCGUUCGCGCGCGCCGAGGGUCUGCACGCGCACGGUCACGCGCGCGAGGCGUGUGCGUUAGGCGCGCUGUUGGCACGCGAGCUGCUGGCGCGGCCGCCCGUGCUGUCGGCGCCCGCGCCGCCGCCGCCGCCCGACCCGCGCAAGCCGCGCCGGCGCCACGCGCCCAGCCCGCGUCUGUGCGCCGCCAGCCACCGCCUGUCGUGCCUCGCCUCCGCCACGCUCGCCAAGUGCGCCUUCCUCGCCACCGUCCUGGGGGAAUUCAGCGAGCACCAUGAACUAGCUUUCCGCGUAGGCCUGUUCGCGCUCGAAAUGGCGCGCCCUCCGGCCAGUACCAAGGCUCUAGAAGUGAAACUGAACAAUCAAGAAACUGAACUAGUGGCACUAUUGAAGAAGCUGCCCACCGGCGCCGAACAGUUGGCUUUGGCGCGUGAAAAAGCAGAGCAGUUACGGGACGGCACAUUAAGGACCCGUGGACCCGCUCUUCUACCUAUCGCUUUAGCGAGCUUUCUAUUCGAUGUUCUCGUUUUGUCGGCGACGGAUAAAGAAAAUAAGGACUCGGCACGAUCACCGAACGAUGAAACGUUAGGUUUUGAAGCGGCCGUGGCGGCUUUAGGUUUGAAAGCGAAUGUGGCCGAGGCGGAGCACCCACUGCUGUGCGAGGGAACGAGGCGACAACGCGGCGAACUGUCGCUGACGUUGCUAUCCUUCUACAAGGAUGAUCCAGUUAAACUGGCUAGAAUUAUGAAUAAACUGCUGGACCGCGACAUUCACCAGCUCACGAAGAGCCCGAUGGUGUCGCUUUACUACAUGAACAACCCGCGCCUGGCGGCCUACCGCGCUGAUGUCUCGCAUCCUGUCUGCCACCCGCAUCCACAUAUACAUCCUAUCCCCAACAUUAAUUUACCACCUCAGCCGGUCGCAUGUCCUCGUAUCGAAAUGGAGCGUCUGGUGAUAACGGAACCUGGAGUUUCCCCACCCACGCACAUGCCACACCAGCAACAUUCUCAACACGUGCAACAUGUGCAACUCGCGCAACAUGUCCAACAUACACAACACGUUCAACACACUCAACACGUCCAACACACACAACACGUUCAACAUGUCCAACACGGUCAACAUGUGCAACAAAUGCAACACACGCAACAUUCACAGCACGUGUCGCAACUUGCUCAACAUUCUCAACAUGCGACAUCUCAUGUCCAGCAAACGACACACGUCCAACAUACGGCGCCGUCACAUUCACAACACGCUUCGCAUCAAGCACCGCACGCGUCUACGUCACACCCGCCUAUUGUAAGACCGAAGGAUUCUAGAUAUAAGGGCAAACGUAUGUACCCUUCGGUACCUAACCAGCCAUCAGAAGCAUCAGCACAUUUCAUGUUUGAACUGGCAAAAUCUGUUCUAUUUAAAGCGGGAGGGUCUUCAAGUACUAGUCUGUUUACACAGCCUUCGUGUGCUAGGGAACAUCACGGACCGCACAGGGGAUUACACAUGGCUGCAUUUCAGCUGGGUCUCUACGCUCUCGGCUUACAUAAUUGCGUGAGCGCAAAUUGGCUCAGUCGCACUUACUCAUCACAUGUCAGUUGGAUAACAGGUCAGGCUAUGGAUAUCGGCGCGCCCGCUAUACUAUUCCUCAUAGACGCAUGGGAAGGGCAUUUGACUCCACCGGAAGCUGCGAGCAUCGCAGAUAAGGCGUCGUCGGGGCGCGACGUGCCCACGGUGCGCGCGGCGGCCGAGCUGGCGCUGUCCGUGCUGCCGCACGCGCACGCGCUCAACUACAACGAGAUCCAGCGCGCCGUGCUGCAGUGCAAGGAGCAGAGCGACGCCAUGCUCGAGCGCGCCUGUCUCACUGUCGAAGCGGCCGCUAAAGGUGGCGGCGUAUACCCCGAAGUGUUGUACACCGUUGCUCGCUAUUGGCACGAACUAUACCAACGUCAAACCAAUGAGGAGCCCGAGCCUCCGCCAAGUAUGGACGAGCCUCAGUACCGCGCGGCGCCACCGCCGCUAGCAGUGCCCGUACCGUACCCGAUACCGUACUCGUUUACUUAUCAUCCCUACCCACCUGCUAUUUAUCAGCUACCGUAUGGGUCUACGGCCGCAGCGCACCCGGGCCCGCAGUACGCCCUGCCGCCCUACUUCGUGCGCGGCAUCGUGGCGCCGCCGCCCGCGCAGGCGCAGCACGCGCCGCAGGUGCACGCCGCGCACGCGCCUCACCCCCAACACGCGCCGCACCCUACGCACGCUCAGCACCCCGCGCUGUCGCAACAGCACGUGCCCCACCCUCAACACUCGCAGCCGAUGGUAGCGCACGCUCAGGCCAUCCCUGUCAAUGUCAACGUUAAUGUUAAUGCUACUGUGCAUUCUGUGCAUCCCGCUCCGAUCCCUCCUCCGAUGCCGUCCCACGCUGGUGUAGCAGGUGUAAACGUCGCCGGCGUAAACGUGGCGGGACUAAACGUCGGAGUGGCCGGGGUCGGCGUAGCCGGUGUGAGUGUGGCCGGUGUAGGCGUCGCCGGCAUAGGCGUCAGCGGAGUGAACUGUGGAGGUGUUAACGUUGGAUCCUUAAACGUCAACGCGGUAGGCGUCAACGUCGGCAACGUGAACGGUAUCGGCAACGUCGCGGGCACAAGUAACGGCGUUCAAACUAACGGGCAGGCGGUCGCCCCUAACGUGAACGUCAAUCGAAGACUACUGGCGGCCUACCGGGUCGGGAUGUUAGCGCUCGAAACACAAGCGAGAAGAGUACACGAUGAUCGCCCCCAGAACAAAUUCGGCAGAAACCCGCCAUACGGCGAACACGUGAAGUGGCUCCUGCGAAUAUCGAAGCGCCUCGGCGCGCAGUACCUGCACCAGUUCUGCGUGUGCGCGGUGAACUCGGUGGUGUCGCCCUUCGUGCUGUACGAGCUGUGCGUGGAGUCGGCGCACUGGCUGGCGCGCGGCGGCCCGCACCACCUCGUCAUGCAGCACCUGCGCGGCACGCUCGCGCCGCUCGUGCAGAAGUGCCAGCAGAUGUACAUUCAAUGCAUUCAUCAGAAGUUGUACCACUUGACAUCGGUAGAAUACGAAGAGUUUGUUAGCAUCGUGUUAUCAGCGCGCACUGCCUUUCAGCUCACGCCCGAGGGAAACACGCAGUUCAAGGAAUGGCUCGCCUCGUUGCGCAGAUCAAAGUCGUGCAAGAAGGACCUGUGGACCCAACUGAACGCUGCGCUGCAGACAAACGGCAAAUGA